UAACAUCUGGAUGAGAAACAUCUGGACUUGUGUGUGAGUGAGAACACAGUCGGUCUCCUCCGCUCUCUCUCGGCCGCAGAUGAUGGCCCGGUACCGGACACUUUGGACCGGGAUCCUCGUCCUCUUCACGGCCGGUGUCCUCACACACGUGCAGCCCUUCACUCACCUGAGCUCUAACCUGUGUAAGUGGUGUGAGUCGUCCAGUCCUGUGUGUGACCAGCACGUGUGCGUCACUAACUGCUCACUGUCGUCCUUCUGCACGGCCAUCGAGGAGAUCUGCAUCGCUAUAUGGAGGAAAACCAACAACACCAUGACGGUGCACACACUGUGUCACCUGCCCACUCUGCCACUAGAGGGCGUGGACCCUGGCCUGCUGCUGAACUUCACCUCCAGAGAGUGUCACAUGAUCUCGGCAGAGGGCGGAGCCAUGAUGAUCUGUGGAUGUCAGGGAGAACACGAGUGUAACGACAGACUGAUCUUCAACAAGGGAGCCAACGGUUUCUUUAAGCUGCAGAGUAAAGACGUGAUCCCGGUGGUCGUGGUCAGUCUGGUCCCUCCCCUCCUCGUCGCCAUUGUCGCCACCGGCGCCUUCUACUUCUACCGCACGCACCAACCUCACAAACCCGGCGCUCCUGCACGUCCUGACUGGACAACCAAGCGCACCCCUGACCUCUACCAGGCUUUGGACGAGAACAAUGGGGGAGGAGGGGCCAGGGUGGAGGUUGGAGGAGGAGGUGUGGGGGAGGAGUCCAACACCAAAGGACUGUCUCUUGACCGUGACAUCAUCAGUGACAUCACAAAUUGGCGAGGAAAACUGUCAGAACCUCUGCCCGUCAGGCUGGAGGCUCUGGUGGGAAAAGGCCGCUUCGCCGAAGUUUGGAGGGGGCGUCUGCUGAAAGGCAAGAGGGGCGGAGCUAAGAGUGAUGACACUGUGGCGGUGAAGGUGUUUCCUGCCGUAGAGUACGCGUCCUGGAGAAACGAAUGCUUCAUCUUCUCUGACCCCAAACUGGAGCACGAGAACGUGGUUCGAUUCCUGGCAGCUGAGGAAAGGGGUCCGCCCGGCCACGCCCACAGGAAGUACUGGCUGGUGUUGGCCUAUCACAGCCUCGGGAACCUGCAGGACUUCCUCACAGCAAACACAUUGAGCUGGGCGGAGCUUGUUGCCAUGGCUGGGAGCGUCGCUAAAGGGUUAGCUCAUCUCCACAGCGACAGGACACCUAGCGGCGUACACAAGGUUCCAGUCGCUCAUCGGGACCUGAAGAGCAGUAACAUCGUGGUGAAGAGCAGGACAGAGUGCGCACUCUGCGACUUUGGUCUGGCGUUGAGACUGGACGUGUCCCUCACUGUGGACGACUACGCUAACAGUGGACAGGUGGGGACAGCUCGCUACAUGGCUCCUGAGGUGCUGGAGUCUAGGGUGAACCUGGAGGACCUGGAGGCCUUCAAACAGAUGGACGUCUACUCCAUGUCCCUGGUCCUGUGGGAGAUGUCCUCUCGCUGUCUCGCCAUCGGCAAGGUGGAGAGCUACGAGCCGGCGUUUGGCUCAAAGGUUUGUGAGCAGCCGUGUGUGGACAGCAUGAGAGACCUAGUGCUGAGGGACAGAGGACGACCAGAGAUUCCCUCAGCGUGGACGCAGCAUCAGGUCACAUGUUCAUGUCAUUUAUUUACAUGUGUCCUGAACUGUCCCUUUAACCGUCCCCGGGUGUUAACUGUCCUCUGUCCUCAGGGAAUGUCCACCUUCUGCUCCACCAUCACUGAGUGCUGGGAUCACGACCCCGAGGCCAGACUGACGGCUCACUGUGUGGUGGAGCGCUUCAACGUUCUGCAGGAGGAGGAGCCACAGGAGGAGGAGGAGCCUAGAGCAGAUGCUGUCAGGGCUGAGGACGAAGAGACACCAAAGGACUCAGACAUGUCACACAUAGACACUGCUGCUUCCUCACCGUCCUCUUCCUCCCUCCAGGUCCCUCGACCAAACAGCACAGAAGAAUCCCGUGAUCCCCCAGACCACACCUGUCCACAGACUCACCUGACCUCAGACUCAUCUGUCCUCUGACUCACCUGUCCUUUGCCUCAUCUGUCCUCUGACUCACCUGUCCUUUGCCUCACCUGUACUCAGACUCACCUGUCCUCAGACUCACCUGACCUCUGACUCACAUGACCUCUGACUCACCUGACCUCUGACUCACAUGACCUCUGACUCACCUGUCCUCAGACUCACCUGUCGUCUCUGCUGGCGGAGACACAC